AUGUCCGCGGGAAAAAUCAGCAUGGACAAGGGUAAUUCUAGUCCGGUAAGGAGAGGUAUGCGUCAAAGAAGGAAAAGGAAGUGGGAGAGUGACUCAAGCUCCACUUCCAGUCCAGCAAGACCUGUAAGAGGGAGGGGGAGAGGGAGAGGAAGGGGGAGAGGAGGAGCAUCUGGCAGAGGGAGAGGGAGGGGCACCAGAGGCCUACACAGGGGAGAUGCAGCAGCUUUUGCUGUUCAAGAGAGACAGUGGAAUUUGAAUGAUUUCAACCUCAUAGUACUAGACGAGCUGGUGCUUCAGAUGGCCCAGAUGUACCGGCAGGAUGUGUUUGCCUUGCCACAGGAUGAAGACUACAACAAAGGAAAGCGUCAUGCAGGGUACCGCCAAUUUAUCCUGUGGCACCAUGGGCGCCUUGGUGUUGGUGUGAGGCAUGUUAUCCCUAGUUGCUGCGUUUGGGCCAUUCGGGAUAAGUAUCCAGACCAGUAUGGCCAGUACACAGGAUACAUUCCUUCACGCUUAGGGUGAUUUUUAAGGAAAACAACAAUUUAUCUUACUCAAUUAUGUUCUUUUUUAUUAUUUUUGUACAUAUACAUAAGAAAUCCAAAAUCUCAACAGUAAUUUAAAACAAGAGGUCCAUGGGCCACAUCGCUCAACUGAGUAACUUUAGUGAUGCAGUUCUUUACCAGAUUUCCCCUCUUCUUAUGUCUAUUGUGACCCCCUACCCCCCCCCC